AUGGGCUUUAUGAUUUUGCUUGUUUCAGAAGAGAAAUCUAAAAUUUUGGUUUCUAAGGAGGUCGAAGUUGCCACGAUUCAACCGGAGCACACUAGGGUCGCCGAGGAAUUCCAUUCAGCUGAGAGCUUAGCGAAAGAACUGGCCCUACGUUGCCAUAAAAUGAAAUCGCAAGUUAUGCAUCAAAUGCAUGUCAAAAGCUUGAACGAGUCCCUUAAGCGAUUGAGUGUUAAGACCGGCAAAUCAGAGGAGAAAACAUGGAAGCUUCGGGAAUCCGCCAACAAGAAACUGACGCGGUAUAACAACGAUUACGAAAAUCUGGUCAGCCAAUACGACGCGGAAGAGAUUCGUUUUGAUACCACGGUUAAACGACAAGAUUUGAAAAUGGAAAAGUUGUGCACCGAGCGCGACCACAAGGUGAGUCAAGAGUCCAGUGUUCUUAUGCGUUUGUAUUAG